CUCUCUCUCUCUCUCUCUCUCUCAUCCAACAAGCGAGUUCUGUGUGUUCUUCAACCCAUAACUCUCUCUAAAAAGUACGUGUUUGAGGUGUUUCUGUGUGUUGACAUAUCUCUCUUCAAGAAUAGUGUAUUUCAGUGUGUUCUUGAGAGUGCGUUUUUUUGGGUGUUUCUGUGUGUUCUUGAAGCCCCAUCUCUCUCUCUCUCUCUCUCUCUCUCUCUCUCUACGAGUGCGUUUUUUUGGGUGUUUCUGUGUGUUCUUGAAGCCCCAUAUCUCUCUCUCUCUCUCAUAAGUUGGGGUCAGUCAGAGUGUUCUCUCUCUCUCACACACACACUCACACACCAAGACUCUGUUUCUAUGUGUUCUUGAAUCUAAUCUCACGCAUAAAUCUUGCUCCUGUCCACCAUUGAUCUAAUAACACCCAGGUUUAAAGAUCCCUUAUGAAUCUGGAAAAACCCUCAAAAAGACUAGCUUCUAAUCUCCAAUCUUAUUUGAAUCACAAAAUAUCCUAAAAUUAAAGAAAUGGGAUGUUCAUCAUCAAAGUUAGACGACGGAGAAGCCGUCAAGCUCUGUAAAGAUCGGAAAAACUUCAUCAAAAAAGCCGUUGAACACCGGACAAAAUUCGCUUCCGGCCAUACAGCUUAUCUCCGGUCACUUAAACGAGUUUCCGCCGCCCUGAAAGACUACGUGGAAGGUGAUGAACCCCGUGAGUUCUCCUUAGAUUCCUUCACCACACCGCCGCCCUACGCCGCCACAAAGAAAACCACCCCUCGAUUCAUCACCAUUUCCCCAAACUCCGUCACCAUCGAACCAAAAGUGCAUUACCUUCGAUCCGGAGGGAACCCGUCGAUUUUUGUGGAAGAACGGCUUCCUGAUUCGCCGGAAUCUGUCAUUAUCGAGUCGUAUACCCCCUCACCGGCGUACCAUUACGCCGCCGAUAGUUUCUUUGGGAUGCAAUCGCAAACAGAAUCACAAUCGUCGUCGUCGUCUAUUUUCCAUUACAGUAGACCUAAUUUUCCGCCGCCUUCGCCUCAAAGAUCGUCACAAUGGGAUUUUUUCUGGAACCCAUUUUCGACUUUGGAUUAUUACGCGUAUCCCGCGAGAAAUAACGAUCAUCAAAACGUGUUUGAUGAUGAUAUCAAUGGAUUACAGCAAGUUAGGGAAGAGGAAGGGAUUCCGGAACUCGAAGAGGAGACAGAACAUGAACAGGAAGAAACCGAUCAUAAUCAUGAAGAUGAAGUUACAGUCGAAGACGUUGAUGAAGACGACGACGAUGAAGAUGAAGAAGACGAUGAUUUUGAAACAGAUAGCGGAGAAGAAACCGAAAGUGAACACGAAGUAGAAUCGCAAUUGCCGCCAUUGAUGCCAAAAACUCAGAAUCUUGAGGUUUCUAGGGCACAGAGUUCAGGGCAAAUCGGAAAUAAUGGAACUGGAGAUGUUUCGAAUCAAGAAAAGGGGAAAAACGAAGGAACACAGGGGUUUAGGGUUUAUGUGAAUCGAAGGCCGACGAGUAUGUCGGAAGUUAUUAAAGAUCUGGAAGCUCAAUUCACCAUUAUUUCCGAUUCAGCUACAGAGCUUUCGAUUAUGUUGGAGGCUAAUCGGGCCCAAUAUUCAUCAACCUCCCACGAGCUAACAGCUAUGAAAAUUUUAAAUCCAGUGGCAUUACUUCGAUCCGCAUCAUCAUCUCGCUCAAACUCAUCAAGAUUCUUGAUCAAUUCUUCGGGUAGUUCAAAAGAAGAAGAUUAUGCUAGCAGCAGUGAUGUGUCUGAUGACUCGUAUAUUUUUCAAAAUAGUCACCAGUCUACUCUCGACAAAUUAUACGCUUGGGAGAAAAAACUCUAUCAAGAAGUCAAGGCUGGUGAACGGAUUCGAAUAGCUUACGAAAAAAAAUGCGCUCAACUUCGGAACCAUGAUGCUAAAGGCGAUGACCAUUCUUCGGUUGAUAAAACAAGAACAGCCAUUAGAAAUUUACAUACUCAAAUUAAGGUUUCCAUACACUCUGUUGAAGCCGUGUCAAAAAGGAUUGAAACUUUAAGGGACCAAGAACUUCAGCCACAGCUUCUUGAAUUGAUCCAAGGAUUAUCAAGAAUGUGGAAGGUAAUGGCGGAGUGUCAUCAAACCCAAAAACGAACACUCGAUGAAGCCAAGAUUUUGUUAGCGGGGACACCAUCAAAACCCAAAAAGUACACCCCGGUGCACCCCACCGAGCCACACCGGCUAGCCCGCUCGGCUUCCAAUCUUGAAUCCGAGUUACAAAAUUGGAAAUCAUGUUUCGAGUCAUGGGUCACGGCUCAGAGAUCUUACAUACACGCGAUCACCGGUUGGCUACUCCGGUGCACCGGAUCCAACUCCAACAACACCUCAAUGUUCCCGUUUUCUCCCCGGAGAUCCGCCGGAGUGCCGCCAGUGUUUGGUGUUUGUAUCCAGUGGUCAAAGCUGCUUGACUCGGUUAGUGAGGUCCCGGUGCUUGAUGGGCUCGACUUUUUUGCUGCUGGGGUUGGGUCUUUGUAUGUGCAACAGUUGAAAGAAGGCGGUGGUGGUGGGUCCGGGCGGCGGUAUGGUGGUGGUUCUGGGAUGGAGAUGGUGGAGGUGGAGGAGGAGGAGACGGCGGAGAAAAUGGCGGAGGUUGCUAUUAGAGUGUUGUGUGCUGGAAUGUCGGUGGCUGUUAGUUCGUUGACGGAAUUUGCUCUUGGUUCGGCUCAAGGGUAUGUUGAUUUGAUUAAGCAAUGGGAGAGUGCCACGUGUCUGGAAAAGUAG